UCCGGGAGGGGCCCACGGGAGCGGGCCGCGGAGCAGCGCCGCGGCCGCCGAGUAGGGCCGGGUGGCGGAGGAGGAGGCGGUGUUCGCCCGCGUUCCCAGCCAACUCUCCCCUCCGGCGGGGCGGCCCGCGCCGCCGUCAUGGUCCCUAACCAGCUGCUCCUAUCCGCGGCCGGACGUGGCCAUGGAUGCUAUGAUUCUGAUUUUAGUGAUGAGGAGAACGGAGAGAAGUCUGUGCAAAAGACUAAAAGUGUAAAGGAAGAUGGCCUUCUGGUAAAGCCAUUCCAAAAACCAAAGCAAGGCAGCGUGGUUCACAGACAAUUCGCAGCUGAAGAAUGGGAUAGGGAAGAGGCAAGAAAACGAAGAUGCCACCUGAUAGCAAUGGAUGCCUAUGAAAGACAUAAGAAGCUUGUGAAAGAUUACAUUUUGUACUAUGGUGGCAAAAUAGAAGAUUUCCGACGUUCUGGAGCAAAUGACAAGACGGAUCUUGAUGUUAUUAGAGAAAACCAUAGAUUCCUGUGGAACGAAGAAGAUGAAGCAGACAUGAAUUGGGAAAAGAGGCUUGCAAAGAAGUAUUAUGAUAAGUUGUUCAAAGAAUACUGUAUAGCAGAUAUCAGCAGAUACAAAGAGAAUAAGUUUGGAUUUAGAUGGCGACACGAGAAAGAAGUAAUUUCAGGAAAAGGUCAGUUUUCCUGUGGAAAUAAGCACUGUGAUGAGAAAGAAGGCCUGAAGAGCUGGGAGGUGAAUUUUGGUUACGUUGAACAUGGUGAAAAGAAGAAUGCGCUUGUGAAAUUGAGACUGUGUCCAGAGUGUUCCCACAAAUUAAACUUUCAUCACCGGAGGAAAGAAGUCAAAGCAUGCAAGAAAAGAGGCACAGCUGGACCAAAAUCUAAAGAGCCAAAAAGUAAGAAGAAAAAAUCUUCGGCAAAAAAGAAGUCCAAAAAAAAGACCCGUGAAGAUGAGGUUUCUUCAGAAGAUUCAGAUAAUUCUGAUAAAGAUUCAGAUAAGAGUGACGUACAAGAUGCUCCUUCAGAUGCUGACUUUUGGAAAGGUCCUCUGAAAGACACAGAUGAAAAAUCACGGGAAGAGGAGUUUGAUGAGUAUUUUCAAGACUUGUUUCUCUGAAGCUAGAGAUGGAUGUGGGCUCGUCUUCUUCAGGAGUUGUCAAGACGAAAGUCUGGAAAUCCAGUCAUAAUUAAGAACCAGACACCUUUUUCUGCCAGCAUACCUUUUUUGCAGUCACUUGUAUGGACCAUUUGGAUAGAUUGUCUUUGUUAAAAGAAGGCUUCUGGUCUGAAAACUUUGUUUUCCUUAUGGUAGGCUUAUACUCAUGAAAUAAGAGAAAUAAUUUUUUCAGCUUAAUGCAAAAGAUAUAUGAAACCCAAACUUAGAAAGGAUGUAAACAAAUGAGAAUAUAGUUUAUUGAUGUUGCAUCACAGAAUUUGGUUGCUUUUUAUUUUAUCCCAAACUUCAGUUAUUGCCAGAUUUUUGUAAAGGUGCAUUUUGGAAGAUCCUGUUACUAGUUUAAAGUCAUACACUUUAAUAUAUUCAUAUUUCUAAUUUAUUAAACAAGAGUUAAUAGCCUUAAA